UAUGGCUAUUCUCGAUCCAACCGGACAGUAUUGAAGGAGAGAAAGGCGGGAAGAUCUUCCUUCGCCGGAGCUAGAAGAGAGAAAUUUCAAAUUGAUCGAGGCAAAGAGGAAGGAAAGAUAAACGAGUCACUAGACAUCGUUUACGUGAUUGAAGGAACAGUAAAGCGGAAAUCAAGAGAUUCCAAGUCCUCUCCAAGGUCGCGACAUGGCUGGAGUUCUCGAUCCGACUGGGCAGUACUGAAGGGUCCGCCGAAAGGACCGAAGGGAAGGAGCAAGAAGAAGAACGAAGGAGGAGAAGAAGAAGAAGAAGUCGAAGAGCUGGCGAACCAAGAGUGCUUGAGGUGCCGGCGAGGGCGGAGGGGCGACCGUUGCAGUAAGCCUUACCGAGGUGGUUUUGCCGGUGCCGUUGGUGGUUGUGGUGGUUUUCGCGUCGGAGCCAGUACUAAUACCUCUGGCAGGUGCAACGACGAGCUUCUCUUUGUCGAUCAUCCUCAUCAUCAUCAUCAUCAUCAACAACAACAUCAGCCCGGAAGUACGAUGGAGAUGAUUCCAAACGUGAGAGGCAAAGAAGAGACAUCGUCUUCCAAUCUUCGAAGAUCACCGUGGAGUAUUCACAUUCGCAAAGGCAGACAUUCACCUUUGCCAAAUAUCACGACUAAGCGUAAAACGUUACGUCACCAUCGUCGUCCUUUUCUUCAAUUUCAAUGAAGAAUCCCUCACGUGUACUGCCUUCUUGCACUGCCUAUGAAAGAGAUGCUGACCACCAGAAACGUCACUGCCGACGCGCGGAGAGCGUGGACCUUCGUAUGCAAUUUUUCGCCUCUCUCUCUCUCUCUCUCUCUCUCUCUCUCCUUCAACUUUCGUCCCGCUCCUCGUUGUUCGUCGUUUUAGCAUCAACGGAGAAAAAGGAGAUCAACGAAGAUGACGCAGAUCCAGCGCCUCUCGUAUUAUAAUGAAUUUACAAACAUUUCAUUGUACUGACGAUCGCCCAACGACACGGCAAAUAUUUCAUUAAAAAAGGGAGAGAGAGAGAGGGAGCGAAGAAAUAUUUUCUUCACUGCCAUGGAAGCCAGGCCACACCACCCUAGUCGCAAAAUUCUCUCUGAGCCGUCUCUCCGCCAAAUCAUCAUUCAUGAAACAAUGAAAACAAUCGAGUGCUUUCAAUCACUUGGAGAUACUCAUACGGUUCGGAACGAAUGCUGAAGAUCAUUGAGCUCGAAAGUGGAAGGAACCAGCAGCACACAGAACGACAACAAGCAUCUGUCUUCCUUCUACUGACUUUCGAAGGCCCCACGAUGUCGUUCAACGUCACUGUUUUUAAUUUUUAUAAGUUUUCUCCCAUUCAUUAUUAUUAUUUUAUUAUUAUUAUUAUUAUUAUUAUUAUUAUUAUUAUUAUUAUUAUUAUUAUUAUUAUUAUUAUUAUUAUUAUUAUUAUAACUAUUAUUAUUUUUACUGUUUUUCUUAAUAAUAUUAUUGGUUUUGAUCCUAUCAUAACUUCGUCACCCUUUCACGAUUUUUUAUUGCUAAUAAUAUUACAUGAUUCAGAGUAAAAAAAUUUUGACUCGACACCCUUCUUAAGUGUUUAUCCCCAUUAGUCUCUGCGACAUCAGCAUUUUUCCGGAAUUCAUCUGUAAAGCGUUUUUAUUCUAUUAACAGCGAGAGGAAUGUUUGAAAACAAAAGAUCACAGUAGCUUCCCUCUUAAUAUAUUAUUACUUGUCUUUUUUUUCUUUCUGGUUUUUUUUCUUUUUUUUUUUAAUGUAACAAUUAUUCAUCACGAAUAUUGCCUUACGGUCGUAAUUUAAUCUCGAUAAUUUUCCCCUUCUCGCGAAUCGCGAACACAAGGAACGAUCCACGUGAUUGCGAGACGCGUGGUUAUUUAAAGACAGAGAUAAAAAAAAUUUUUUUAAGAAAAAAUUGAUGCGUCAAUACAAGAGCGUAACGAUUAUUCGUGACUUUUUAAUGCGGCAUACAGCAUUAAAGUCUCUGUUUUAAGUUUGAUGUUGAAUUGAAAGAAAAAUAAUAAAUCGUACUCUCAAUAAAGAUUUGAUUUGAAUUAUAUGUGAAGAAUGAUUCGUGUUCGUGAAUGUGAGCGUUUUGAAAAAUCGUGUUUGUAAGUGUACGAGUUACCAGAAUCGUCCGUUUUUUUUCUCAUCUUCGCCAAUCCGGAUUCCCACUCGACUGUUCAUUUUUUUCUCAUGUGAUUUUUUUUAUCAUUCAUCGGCCCUUUCCUAUUUUUACUCCUCAAGUCAACAAACGCGCGUUACCACCUGCAGCGAUUUUCCAAAUUUUAUGCUCAUCGUAUGGAUAGAAAUAAUUAGAAACUCUGCAGGCGCAUUUUACAAUGUUCGAGUGCCUCAGUGUGAAUGCGAUGAUGCUUAUUUUAACUUGAGAAUGAGAACGAGCACCGUUGAACCGAGAAAUGAAUAUUUCAAUAAAUAUCUAUAUAUACACGAAUAUAUAAUGGCAUAUGAAAUAUGAAAUAUAUUUUUGUACUUUGCACGUUA